CUACAAUGCCAACCAAUAAGAUCCUUUCUCUUCAGUAUAAACGGAAGUGAAGUGACCAAGAAUAAUUUCCCCAUUAGCGUUUGUCGUUAUGUAGCCGUUCAUUAACACAUUGUAAUUCAAAAUAUGACUCAUUUAACAGCAUAACAUACUUACACCAGGUAGUGUUUAAUUCACGUUGGAGACAGGACUUGGUUGAUAAUUGUUCUCGGUAACUGCUAACGUUGGCUAGCGAAUAAUGGAUACAUGUAUGGUUUUUCACACUCAAAUAGCCUCCAUCAUGGAGGUGCUAGCGAAUGCAGCCGUGGCAGAGAUCUGUAAACUCGUAGACGACGACUAUGCAGUGUUUCGUUUAGAAAUGACUCAAAGCCAGAAAGAAAACAGGGCAUUGCGGAGGAAACUACAGCUACUGGACCUGAAGGUAUCACGGGAGCGCGUCCUCGCCAGUCGUCCCAGAAGUGUCAAGAUCGUCGACAGAUACAGAGGAGGUGAAGGACAUCUCACUGGAGGCCACAGGAGUGUUGUGAAGCCAGCGGGACACAAUACAUGGAGAGAUGACCAACCAAUCACUGUUGAUGAGGGGAGUGGAACCUCACCACAGCACGUUAUUGUGAUAGAGGAGGAGGAAGAAGGUCCAGAGGUGCAGCUGGUGAAGCAGGAGGGUCUGGGGAACCUUAAGGGGACCGUGGUCAUGGAGGACAACCAGACUACACCUUCUCCUGAACCCACAGAGGAACCAGCUGAGCAGCACAGGACCACACACAGUCUCACUGAGUCAGUAGACAUGGAGGAUGGGAAGCCUGAUCUGCUGCUAGUCAAAGAGGAGACAAUAGAAGACGGACCAGAGAGCAUUGAUCUGCUGAGUGGACUAAAGCUGGGGGCGCAAGGUGAUUGGAUGGAGGCUAAAAGAGGAGACUGGGUGGCCAUCUCUGAUUCCCAGAUAGGUGCAGCCAAGGGCCCAGGGGACAACAUCACAGAGCAGGCCAGGACCAGAGGCGAGGCCAGUGGAUGGGACAGCGUCCUCAACUCUGGGCUGGGGAACAACACUGUUAACCAGAAACAGACAGUCGAAAACAAAACAACAACCGAAUUUAGUCUCCAUGCCAACAGACUGGCUGAGACCAGGGUGAGGUGUAGAUUUGGUCUGUGGGGACGGGGAGGUGUCCGUAUGUGGAGGGAGAGAACAGACACGGCUAGUGAUGCACCGUCCUGCUCCUAUAGUUGUGAUUCAGAGAGACUGAUGGGGCCUCAGGUUAAGCCCCUAGCAGGUGCUGGCUUCAGCCUGCCUUCUAUAGGAUCUAUCAACUGGAACUUGGACCCUGCGACAACACAGACACUUCCUGGCCUUCAUACUCCUCACGCUCUCCUUAUGUUAAACCAGACCUCAGACAAUGCCAGUGCCUCAACACUAAAUGGCUACACAAGCCCAUCGACAAAUGAGAGUAGUAGAGAUGGAAUCAGUAAAGGUGGCAGCGCCAAGGAGAAGCGCUUCCCGUGUUCGUUCUGUGGGAAAGCCUUCAGUUUCCCAAAACACGUGGAGAUCCACCAGAGGAUACACACGGGGGAGAAACCGUUCGGCUGUAGCCAGUGUCACAUGCGCUUUGCCCAGGCUGGCCACCUGAAGAGGCACCAGAGAGUCCACACAGGGGAGAAACCCUACAGCUGCCCCCAGUGUGAGAAAAGGUUCUCCCACCAGCAUCAGCUGAAGCUGCACAAGAGGGUCCACACAGGGGAGAAACCCUACGGCUGCCACCAGUGUGAGAAAAGGUUCUCCCACCAGCACCAUCUGAAGAUGCACCUGAAGGUCCACACGGGAGAGAGACCGUUCGCCUGUACGCACUGCGGGAAGAGGUUCUCAGAGAGGGGCUCUCUCAGGAUACACCAGCAGAAAAUGCACACAGCCCAUGUAUAGAGUAUAGUGAUAUGUAGUACUAAUUUGUUUAUUUGCAGUUAAUUAUGUUGGUUUUGGAUGUAUAGGGAACUGGAUGAGGUGAACUGAGGAUGAUGAGGCGAUGGUUGGUGUGAUGGUGUCUGUAGAAAUGCUUCACUGAUGAAGAGUGACAAACUUUGUCCCUUUAGGUUGAUACUGGUGUUUUAUAAUAAGGAAAUGAUAGUGCCUUAAUUCAUGUUUACUUUAAAUGAAGUAGUGAAGAUGUGUGUAAUGUUUAACCUUUUCCAAAGUACUUUAAAAUGUAUUUUAUCAAAGCAAGGGUACCAGAUUUACAGAAAAGUUAACGCAUCAUGUAACAAUUUCAAAAAUGUUACUGAGUUAGUUUAUAAUAAGGAAAUACGUUAAUAAAAAUGAAUUCAUUAGUCCCUAAUCUAUGGAUUUCACAUGACUUGGAAUCAGUGUUGUGUUCAAAACCACCUAAAGCGAGACCAAUUCAAGACCGAAA